AUGGAUGCAGCGUACCGCUGGCAGAGUCAUCAGGUUGGAGUGCCUCCACAUCCUUUGUUGCUCCGCAGCUUUGGGGAAUACGAGAGCAACCACGAUGGGAAACCGCAGCCACCGGUGUUGGUCCUCGGUGCACGAGAGUCGCACGCAACAGAUCCGCCAGUCCGUGAUGCAGACUUGGUGGGUGUCUGCCUGGUGGUGCGUGCAAUGUCACGAACCUCGUCGCUGCCCGGGCCCCUUGUGCGGCUGGACCUCACAGGUGAGCUGAUAAGCUGCAGCGGUGUAAGAACCAUUGCGGCUGUUCUCCAGGUAAGUUCCAGUCUUUGUUCGGUGCUGCUGCGACGGACUCACGUCGGAGAUGACGGAGCCGCGGCACUGGGGGCAGCACUGAGCUGCAGCAUGUUGCAAGAGCUUGACCUCGGCGAGAGCGCUGUGACCGAUGCUGGCGUGAGAUAUCUGGUGCGAGGCAUGCAGGUGCACGGGGCACCGCCAAGCUUCAAGAUCUUGUUGCUCGAUGGGAAUGCAAUCGGGGAUGCAGGUGCCAUUGAGGUCGUUACCUUAGUGGAAGAAGGUUCAUCGCUUUCAACCCUCAGUCUUCACCCAGCCCUGCCACGCUUCCUCUCAAAGGAAGUGGAAGCUGCUCUGCAGGUGGCUUGUGAACUCAGCCGAGUAAACUUGGAGUACAAGGGGCAUCCCGUCAGUUUGGAUGCUCUUGCCAGUCCCAGGGCCAGGGUCCUCAGCCAACGUCCAGCAAAGCGGAGCAGCGAGCACCUGGCUUCCUGGAUGGCGGCGACAGAGCGCGAGCUGCGGGAGCUGAAGUGGUUGCUGCGCUCGAGCUCUGCAAGGCUGGAUGGACAGCAUAAGAAGCUCGGCUUGAUGUCUUGGAGGCACGGUUCGAUGCGAUUGAGCAGCUGGUUGGGAGAGAGCAGUCGGAGUGCGCACAGUGGCCUGACUGCAGUUCUCCGCGAGUCUGCAUGA